CUGUAAAGCCUCAAAGCAUGGUUGAAACAAUAAUUUUGAUAUCAUGGAUGGUCAGUCCUUGCAUCCAUAGCUCUGUCUAUGAAUUAACGAGUGGUUACAUUUCUCCAGCCUCGUCCCUUAGCUUUUUACCGAAACAGUGGUGGGGAAAGAGAUUUGUUAUUAUUUCAACUGCAGAUUGCGCCUUUAAGAGGGCUGCAGGGCAGAUCGAAGGUUGUCUAGUUGUUUCUAUAAGACUGCUGAUUUGGUGCUUUCUAUCUGCAUUUCAGACACUUGCUGUUGUGACAAAAUUAACACCUGAAACAUCCACAGGAUUUACAGAAACAUCAUGCAGGCUCCAGUGCUCCCAUGCAGGUCUGUUCCAGUGCAGUUUGACAGGGCUGGUGUUUCUGAUGAAGGGGGAGGGGGAAGUGCUGUACAGAACUGUCCAAUGGGAUGAGAAUCUCCUGCACUCCACAGGCCAGACUCCUGCAGGACCGCUGUUCAGUAUUGAGUGUCAUCAGGGGUCUAUCUGUCAGCUACAGCUCCCACACUGUGAGAUUCUCUCUGGAGAGGGUCUUGAUAUCCUGUCUGUGGCCCAUGUUACUGGUGACAGUGUGGAGGUUUUACCACCACUGAGGGUGACUGACACACACGUAGUGGUGAACAUCACAGACCUCUCCUUAUGGGGCCUGGUCAGAAUGUUUAGAUCCUUCCUCUCGAUCAAGGGACAGGUGCUGCCUUUCCUCCAAUCAUUCGGCCAUCCUCAGUCAGUUCUGAAUGUAAUCGUCCUGCCAUCGAAUGUGCCCCUUAAUGAGGUGAAGCAACAACAAACAGGGAACACUUACAUACCGGUCUGUUCGGACUGCACUCUAAGUCGAGGGGGAAAAUACAGUCUCUCCUGUGAUCUGAAGAAGAUACAGGACAUCUACCCUAAAGCUAAGCGUAUUCAGAUUUACUGGGACUAUGGUCCAAACUACCACCCCACCUUUCAGGUGUUCCUGAACUCAGACACGGAACAUGUAGAGCUGAGACUUCUGGAAAGAGGGACUGAUGGAGAUGAGGUGUGGGCAGGACGUGUCCUUCUGCCAGGUGCUGUGUUAGUGGGAAGGGAUCAGGCUGAGAACAGUCACAGUGAUUCUGCAGAGAAGCAACUGCAUUCUGUACGAAAGGACUUUGUGGAUCGUGUGUCAAAGUCGGUUGUUGACGAUCUGCUGGAUGGACUUCUGCAACAAAAAGUGAUUAAUAACCAUGAAAUGGAGACAGUAAAAGUGAUUCCUGAGAGGGCAGAGAAGGCCCGGGAAGUCAUUGACAUGGUGCUGAGGAAAGGAGACGUUUCAUGUUUAAUAAUGAAAACCAUUCUGGUUGAACUGGACCCCUUCUUAUGCAAAACGCUUGGCUUCAGCUAAAACAUUGUUCGAGUAUGAUGCAUUGAUGAGCAUGUUCAUUGACGUCUACAUUCAAUAAUACAAUUGGUCUGUAGUUUGCAUAUUGAGCUAAAUCUAUUUGGAUUAUUUUUGAAUUAGCGUGUUAGGCUGAUCACUUCUCUAUCAUUCAACAUAACCUCAAUAUAUGAUGUAUUGAACUCUCUUCAAUAAGCCAAACAUGUUGGAUUUCAGGUUAGAGUGUGAAUAGUGUAUAUAGUGUCAAGUUGAAUCAUUAUAAAAUCACAGAUGAAUUGCACUUUUUCUAUUUUUGUAUUGUCUGUAUUUGUUAUGUCCUUUCUGUGCUUGAUGACAUACAGUAUUUUAAUAUAGAGCCACAAACCAUCUUAUUUUAUUGUACUGGGCAGUCAACUUCUCAUUCCACUAUAACAUGUAACGUAAACUAGUGCCAAUACCGUGCAGUCACACAUUCUAUGACAUGAUAAUCACCUCCAUGAUAAGGAUUUGAUAUGAUUGAUCUUUUAAUAACAAUAGCUAUCAUUUUGACUGUACAUAGAUAGCAAUUAAGUAAAAUACUGAUGAC